UGGGUUCCAUGCGGAUCUCUGCGUCGUUUUGCGGGAUUUACGCGCAUAAACCGGUGUCUUAUGCAGUUAUGCAAGAUGGCAUAUUUCCUAAUAUCCCUUCUUUACGGAACAAUCUGAUGAGCAUCGGGCCGAUGACAAAGCACGCGUCGGAUCUCCUGCCGCUUCUGGCCGUUAUCGCUGAUCCUCAUGAACCCGAGUCCGGAAGGCAGAACUGGAACAAACGAACGAAUUCAACUGACGUUAAGCUGUCUGAAAUAACGGCGUUUUAUAUGCUGAGUGAUGGGAAUGACGGGAAAUUCGGAGCCCCAGCAGUGGAGAAUGAUCUUUCAAACGCAAUGGACCACGUGAUCAAACAUCUAGUCUGCAUUCUUAAGAUGAAGGUGAAACAG